AUGUGCCCGACCGACCGCCCGCUGGACCUCGCGUCACUUAGCUCGAUACGCACUUUCUGCCAGAGCAUAAACAAGGAAGAGCCUCGGUUAGAUGUGCUGAUAAAUAACGCAGGGCUCUACCAGUGUCCGUACAGCAAAACCGAGGACGGCUUUGAGACGCAAUUUGGGGUCAAGCAUCUGGGCCAUUUCCUGCUCACCCGCCUGUUGCUGGACCUCAUGAAACGAUCCGCUCCCAGCCGUAUGGUGGUGGUCUCCUCCAAACUCUACAAACACGGUGACAUCAACUUUGACGACUUGAAGAGCAAACAGAAAUAUGACAAGGCUUUUGCCUACAGUCGCAGCAAACUAGCCAACUUGCUAUUCACCUGUGAGCUGGCCCGCCGACCGGAAGGGAGCGGGGUGACCGUCAAUGCUCUGUCUCCCGGUAUGGUGAGGACUAAUCUCGGGCGGCAUGUCCGUGUCCCGGUGAUAGCCAAGCCUGUUUUCAACCUGCUCUCCUGGGGCUUGUUCAAGAGUCCUGAACAAGGAGCUCAAACCUCACUAUAUUUAGCCUGCCGCCCUGAUGUAGAGGAAGUCCAGGGACAGUUCUUUUCACACUGUCAGCCUCAGGUUCUUCUUGACAAGGCCACCGACUGUCAAGUUGCCAGUAAAUUGUGGGACAUUAGUGAAGUCCUGGUUUGAAUUGUUCAAUGAUUACUUGUGCACUUUACACAAUUGUUACAGAUUCUUUCAACACAAAUGUUCUGAUUAUAACUCUUAUAAUAGGCAGUUCUUGUUAGGCUACCUGAAGUAAUGACACACUUUGUUUUACAAAUAUGAAGUGUAUUGUUUGGUUAAAUUCCCCCUAGUAUUAUUGCUCGUAUGUAAUCGCAUUUGUGUCUGUUCUGAAUUUGCACAAUCGUGAUAUCUACCGCUGUACUUGUGCAAUU